GGCGAACGUAGCAGAACGAGAAACAAGGAGAGGUUCUUGUUCCUCUCUGUGCUCAUCGCCAUCUCCCUUUCUUCCGGCUUCUCCUCUUCUCAGGCUGCUGUUGAUCGAAAUUCAGUUUCCGUUCUCCAUCAGAAGAAGCUAUUUACACAUAUGAAGCUGGAGAGUGGCUUGUGUUCAUUCUUUUUCUAUGUUUGAUCACCAAAUUAGGAGGGGGAAAACAUUGAUUUCUGCUGAGCCCUACUGAUUUGGUUUCUCCCACUGUGGAAGAACUAUAAAUAUAGAAAGCAACUCAAAGGGUUUUUAGUUUCCACCGCCAAAUUUCAUGUUGGGGAAGAAAACUUGUAAUGGUUAUUGAGGGUGCUGGGGAAGAAGCCAUAUGAUGGCCACCACUGCAGUCAUUGGACUCACUGCAGG